AUGUCAUCACCAAUAGAUCAUUACUAUAAAUACUAUUCAUUAUCUGGCAUAUCUCCUAAGUUACUAAAGAAUGAAGAACAUUUCAAUCUCCAUAUCAGGCCUAAAAAAGUAAAAAGAUCAGAACAACCAAAAGUAGUUGUAUGGAAAGCUAAUGCUAUACAAGAUUCUGAUUUACAGCAAUAUCCAAUGGACCCAGAAGGCUAUAUAUAUAUUCUCAUAUAUAAAGAUGCUGUAACAGUUUUAGAAUCCUUCAAAAAGAUAUAUCAACAAGGUAUUGUAAAACCUCCUACUUUCAGAUUAAAUACUGAUAAUGGGACAGAGUUUAAAAAUUAUUUAGUACAAGAUUUUUUUAUAAAUGAUGUUGGCAUAUUAAUGAAGUUUGGAUUUCCUGGAAAACAUCAACAACAGUGUUUUGCUGAAAAAGCCAAUCAAGCUCUUAUGGAACCUCUUACAGAACGAAUGACUGCACAGGAAAUGAAAACAGGAAUAACUUCUGUAGAAUGGUCCAAAGAUUAUCCAAUUGUGCUAGAGGCCCUUAGAAAGAAAUGGAAACAUGAUCCUCUUCCUAUUCCAGAAGGACCUCCUAAAAUAUCAGAAAAAGACAAAUUAUUGCUGGAGGGUACUCAAGUUCAAGUUAUGCUAUUUGAGCCUAUGUCUGUUCUUGGUCAAAAACUGCAUGGCAAAUUCCAUACAGGAGACAUUAGAUGGGAUCCAAAAAUUCGAAUUAUUAAGAAACUUAUGCUUACUCCUGGGCAGCCCCCUACAUACCUUGUAGAUGGUCCUCAGGGCAAGUUAGGCAUAUCUUGUUGUGCUUAUAUUAGAAAACAACUCCAAGUGGUUCUGGAUAAUGAGAACCGUCAUCCAGAUUCAGUUAUUCGUGGCAAUCCAGAUAAUUUCAUUCCUGAAAAAAUACUUAGGCAAAGAACUUAUAAAGGUAAAAAACAAUAUCUUGUUAAAUGGCAACAUUAUCCUGAGAAUGAAUCAACUUGGGAACCAGCAAAUAGAUUUAAGAGGAUGCGCCUAAUCUUGUAA